CAUCAAUUCCACGCAUCCCGGUCUUCAACAUCUCCCUUUUACAAACGUUCCCGCUACAAUAGUCUAAGAGUCGCACCUAAAGCACGCAUCUAAACCACUUCGAACCUUACACAACCCGACCGAAAACCCCUCCACGAACCUCCACUCAACACCCAACCACACAAUCUACUUUCAAAAUGUCUUUCCUCUUCGGCGGCCGACCCCAGCUCUCUUCCGAGCAGAAGAUUGCUGCGGCAGAGGCUGAAAUUGACAUGGUCUCAGACAUGUACUCUCGACUUCUCGCAUCAUGCAGCAAGAAAUGCGUCGACUCCACCUACCGCGAAGCCGAUCUCAACAAGGGCGAGUCCGUCUGCCUCGACCGCUGCGUCGCAAAGUUCUUCGAGGUCAACGUCAAGGUCAGCGAGAAGAUGCAGGGCGAGGCACAGAACAGACAACAGGGCGGUGGUAUGUUCGGCGGUGGCAUGUAAAAGAUUCUGAGCAAUGACAAAAGGAAAUGGACGAAGAUCUUCAUUGGCAAAAAGAUAUAUGAGUUUGAUGAAAUGAUAGUAAAGAGAGAGGAGGGAUUAUAUCACUAUGUAUUAUAAGGUCUUUAUGCUUGCUUGGUGCAGGAUAUGGAUAUGGCAUGGCUAGGCUUCACUCUUCUAGAAUUGGAUACGAUUGGAUUACAUCUC